UCUCCUUCCUGCCGCCCCCGUCCCGGCGAGAAAGGGGAAGUGGCUGCGCUCGGCUCCCCGCCCCGCCGCGGGAAAGGCGCGGGGCCGGCGCGUCCCGGCAGAGCCGCGCCCGCGGAGCAGCGCGGCCGGGCCAUGGCGCGCCUGGGCGCGGUGCUGCUCCCGCUCCUGCUGCUGCUGGGCGCCGCGCUGGCCCCGGGCAGCGCCUUCAACCUGGACGUGGAGCGCCCCGCCGUCUACUCGGGCCCGGCGGGCAGCUACUUCGGCUUCGCCGUGGACUUCUUCGCCCCCGACCCCUUCUCGACAUAUCUUCUGGUGGGAGCUCCGAAAGCCAACACGAGCCAGCACAACAUCGUAGAGGGAGGGCAGGUGCUUAAAUGCAACUGGAACUCCAACAGGAACUGCCAGCCCAUUGUAUUUGAUGCCACAGGUAACAGAGACUUUGCUCCUGAUGAUCCGCUGGAAUUUAAGUCUCAUCAGUGGUUUGGAGCCUCUGUGAGAUCCCAAAAUGAUAAAAUUCUGGCCUGUGCCCCACUGUACCACUGGAGAACUGAAACAAAACAAGAGAGAGAGCCUGUAGGAACUUGUUACCUGCUUGCUGGGUCAAAAUUUGUGGAAUAUGCUCCCUGCAGGUCAACAACUAUCGAUGCAGAUGGACAGGGAUUUUGUCAAGGUGGAUUUAGCAUUGACUUCACAAAGGGAGACAGGGUGCUGCUUGGUGGACCUGGAAGUUUUUACUGGCAAGGCCAGCUGAUUUCUGAUCGAGUGACAGAGAUUGUGGCAAAGUAUGACUCCAAAGUCUACAGCACCAAGUAUGAUGACCAGCUAGCAACCAGGCCUGCCAGUGCUGCUUUUGAUGACAGCUACUUGGGUUAUUCAGUGGCUGUUGGAGACUUCAAUGGUGAUGGCAUUGAAGACUUUGUGUCAGGAGUCCCACGGGCAGCAAGAACUCUGGGCAUGGUGUCCAUUUACAAUGGGAAAAACAUGUCCUCCAUGUACAACUUCACUGGAGAGCAGAUGGCUGCCUAUUUUGGGUACUCAGUGGCUGCCACAGAUAUCGACGGGGACAAUUACACAGAUCUGUUUAUUGGAGCCCCUCUUUUUAUGGAUCGAAGUUCAGAUGGGAAGCUUCAGGAGGUUGGCCAAGUAACCAUCUGCCUUCAGCGAGCCUCUGGAGGGUUUCAGACAGCCAAGCUGAACGGCUUUGAGAUCUUUGCGCGGUUCGGCAGCUCCAUCGCACCCCUGGGGGAUCUGGAUCAGGAUGGCUUCAAUGAUAUUGCAGUUGCUGCACCAUAUGGUGGAGAGGACAAGAGAGGACUUGUGUAUAUCUACAAUGGAGGAGCCAGUGGUUUGAAUGCCAUCCCAUCCCAGGUCCUGGAAGGGCAGUGGGCCGCUCGCACUAUGCCCCCCAGCUUUGGGUACUCACUGAAAGGAGCCACAGACGUGGACAAAAAUGGAUAUCCAGACUUGAUUGUUGGAGCCUUUGGUGUUGACACAGCUGUUCUGUACAGGGCAAGACCAGUUAUUAGAGUAAAUGCUGCCCUGGAAGUUAAUCCAACCAUUCUUAACCCAGAAAACAAAGCCUGUUCACUGGGAGAUGUAAAAGUUUCUUGCUUCAAAGUAAAGUUCUGCUUAAAGGCAGAUGGCAAAGGAAAGCUCCCGAACUCACUCAAUUUCCAGGUGGAGCUGCUGCUGGACAAGCUGAAGCAGAAAGGAGCUAUCAGGAGAGCUCUGUUUCUGCACAGCAGACAGCCCAGCCACUCCAAGAACAUGACAAUUACUAAGGGGGGCAAAAUGAACUGCGAGGAACUUGACGCCUUUUUGAGGGAUGAAUCUGAGUUCAGAGACAAGCUGACUCCCAUUACUAUUUUCAUGGAAUAUCGUCUGGACUACAGAACAGCUGCAGAUGCAACAGGAUUGCACCCUAUCCUCAACCAGUUCACUCCUGCUAACAUGAGCAGACAGGCCCAUAUCCUGCUGGAUUGUGGGGAUGAUAAUAUCUGCAAACCAAAGCUGGAGGUGUCAGUAGAAAGUGAUCAGAAGCAGAUCUACAUUGGUGAUGACAAUCCCCUGACCCUGAUUGUCAGUGCUCAGAACCAGGGGGAGGGAGCCUAUGAAGCAGAACUCUUCGUCCUUGUUCCUCCCCAGGCAGAUUUCAUCGGGGUUGUUCGCAACAACGAGGCUUUGGCCAGACUGUCAUGUGCUUUUAAAACAGAGAAUCAGACUCGCAUGGUGGUUUGUGACCUGGGAAAUCCCAUGAAAGCAGGAACUAAGCUCUUAGCUGGCCUGCGUUUCAGCGUGCACCAGCAGUCUGAGAUGGACACCUCUGUCAAGUUUGACUUGCAGAUCCGGAGUUCCAACCUGUAUGACAACCUGAGCCCAGUAGCAUAUUAUCAGGCUGACCUUGCUAUUUCAGCAGCUGUUGAAAUUAGAGGUGUGUCGUCCCCUGAUCACAUAUUCCUUCCUAUUGCAAACUGGCAGCCAAAGGAGAAUCCUGAAACAGAAGAUGAUAUUGGGCCUCUAGUUCAGCACAUCUAUGAGCUGAGAAACAAUGGCCCAAGUGCAUUCAGCAAGGUGAUGAUGACUCUGCAGUGGCCUUACAAAUACAAAAACAACACGCUGCUGUACAUUGUGCAGUAUGAAAUUGAUGGUCCCAUGAACUGCACUUCUGACAUGGAAAUCAACCCACUGAAAAUUAAGAUUUCUGCCUCCAAGGAUGAUGACAGGAAUGAAACCCUUGGCAGGGAGGAUCACCGUGAGCACCGCGUCAGCCGCCGGGAUUUGGCUGCCGUGGAGGGGGACGUGCACACUCUGGGCUGUGGAACUGCUGACUGUUUAAAGAUUGUCUGUCAAGUUGGCCACCUGGAGAGGGGAAAGAGUGCAAUAUUGUAUCUAAAAUCACGCCUUUGGACCCAAACUUUCAUGAAUAAAGAAAAUCAGAAUCAUUCCUACUCUCUCAAAUCAUCUGCUUCCUUCAGUGUAAUAGAGUUCCCUUAUAAGAACCUUUCCUUUGAAGAUAUUCACAAUUCUACAGUUGUUGCUACAAAUAUUACAUGGGGCAUUCAGCCACAGCCCAUGCCUGUGCCAGUGUGGGUUAUCAUUUUGGCCGUCCUGGCAGGGUUACUGCUCCUGGCUGUUCUAGUGUUUGUCAUGUACAGGAUGGGCUUUUUCAAACGAGUGAGGCCACCUCAGGAAGAACAAGAAAGAGAACAACUGCAACCGCAUGAGAACGGGGAGGGAACAUCAGAAGCCUAAGCAGAGUUUUAUCUGUGAGACAUUCUGAAAUGUACACUUGCCUACAUCUUGGUUACAAAUAUUGGCUUCCCCCUUCAUGAGCAAACCCUCACCACUGCAGAGCUGCUGGUCUCAGAAGGCUUCAGCACGUGCAAAACAAGGGCAGAACACUUCAACCCCCCUCCUGCAUUAAUGCCGUUCCUGCCUGCCACUAACACAUCUGCACUGACCCCGUGGGACACACUCCAGGGACAGCAGUGCUGGGAUUCUGCUUGCUGGGACACAGGACACAUCAUCUUCUCUGGUUCAUGUACUGACUUGACUCUCCAUGAAUUGCUAUGCAGAUUUGCCCUUGGAGCCAACAGCCUCCAGAGGUGCUGCCUGGAUUCCGUGGUUGGUUUUAGUUGGAGUACACUACAUUUCAUUGCCUAGUUCUUGAAAGUCAGUUGCACAAAAAGAAAAACAAUGAAUGUAGCUUCUUUUACAGUACUGAAGAAUGUUCUUUACCCAUUAGCUCUGAUGAUGAUUUUUUUUCUCCUGUUCAAGAAAUAGGAAAUAUUCAGUGGAAUCAUUCACAGCUGACACCUGUUCCCCUGCCUGCUCAGUCAUGUGUCUUGUGGUUUCCCUCUAGACCUUACUGUUGUCCACAUCCUGGAUCUCUUCUGUAGGGAUUGAGCCUGCAAGCACCAAGUGAGGGAUAGAAAUCUGGGGCUGAUGUACUUUCUGUGGGACUUGGGGAAAAGAUUCAGGGCAAGAUCCCAAGACUCUGCUGUGUAUUUCCACAGUGCAGGAUCCAGCUGUUCCACACAGCUCUUGGCACCAUGGAUGCAUUCAUGCCCUGCCAGGGACAAGGUGCUGGGCUGUGUCUGCCAGCAGACAUGUCUGAGAAAACCCUUGAUGUCCACAAGUCAAACCUGUGCAGGGUUUGAGGUGAAUGCUGUAAAUUAGUUGGAUUGUAUUUUGGUUUCUAGCAGAACACUGUGUGACACAGGUUACCUGGUGCACUGUAGGGAAGCUGUUAAUCCUCACUUUCCCUGCUUGACCAUGCCCAGGUGCAGGAUGGAGUGACACAGGGGCUGUUCAGACCAGUCUCUCUGCCAGCCACAUCCUUGGAUCUGGAUUACACCUGCACUUUAGCCACACUCACACCUCCCUCACCUCCUGUGCUCAGAGAACAGGGAGUCAAGUGAGGAAAGGAAGAGAUGGCAGUGCACAAGGGUUCAAAAAGUAAAGGUUGAUUUGGCUUGUUUCACUUCACUCAUUCAUUGUUUCAUUGGCCUGUUUAAUUUGAUUCAUUCAUUGUUUCAGGCCCUGCAUGUUUCAUUGCACAAGGCAUUUCAUUGCACAAGACAUUUCAUUAUGUUCAAUGCAUUUCAUUACCAGAAAAGACACUAAGAAUUUUGAUUCAUUGCUGUUUUUUGAACAUACCAAAAGGUCAGUGGUUUAAAACCACAGUUUUGCAUCACUCUCAGCUUAUUUCCCACACUGUUGGUGUAGUAUAGAAAGCUUCUUACACUUUUGAGACAAGAGCAUUGUCUAUGCAUUUCAGUGGACAAGGAACUGCAGAGCAGGAGGUUGUUCAGCUUGCAACCACAGGCUGCACAGAUCCUACAGAGGACAUACCUGAACCAUUACUAAGGUGCCUUCUAUGAGAUGUAUUUAUUCUCUUUUCCAAAAAGAGAAUAAAUUACACUAUAAACUCUCUGUGUGCAGCCAGGUACACAAAGGAAGGCUUCCACUGUACUUACACCAGUGAGAUUUCUAUGUAGACAAAUUCUUGAAAGGGCAAAAACUCUGGUUUGGUUUUGUACCUUGGGGUUUUUGUCCAUAGUGCAUCUCCCCCAUAAAUACAGCAGUGCCCACUAAACCCAGAAUUUUCUGAAAUGAGCAGUUUGUUUCAACUCUGAUUUCUGCAUCCUUUCAGAGGUUUAAAAUCCACCAAUGACUUUUGUUGUUGAGUCCAUUCUUACUUGCUGAUCCAUGAUGGCAUCUGAGUCCUUCAGGGACAGAGCACUGAGGCUGGGGGGGCCAGUAUGUUCACCAGAUAUAGGCUUGCAUAUUUAUCCAUUUACAUGGGUUGGGUUUAGACUGUUUGUUUAGAUAAAAUUAGUUUACACAAAAGGGUAUAGGGCUAUGAUUCCGCUUUCGCUGAACUUUCAAGGUCUUCAGUGUGGCCAAUGUUUGCUUUUGUCUUUAUUUUUAGUAUUGUUACUAGUAAUGGAGUAGAGAAUCAGGGGUCAGGCUUUGAUCCUGGCCUCAAAAUGUGACUUUGGUAGAGCUGCAUUUUCAGUUCCUUACACGGGCUUGUGGUUCUCACGCUGUGCCAGCUGAUGAUCUGCGUGCAAGGAGAUUGGUUUUACUCAGUCUUAAUCUCAGUAGGGUAAGAGGUUUAAGAGACUGCCAGACAGAUUAUAGCUCUAAUUCCUGCGUGUGUGCUUUCAUUACAUGUACACUCCGUGGUGACUUGAAAUUUAUUAGACUACUUGCAUGUGUAGGCUUUAUUAGGAGGUGAAAAAGAGUAUUUAAAUAAAAAGCAUGGUCAAGAUCCCUCCUGCUCACAUGGGAUAGCAUUGCUAAUGUCAGUGCUAACUGCAUCCUAAUUUUACUGGAAACACUCUUUGCUGAUUUUCAGGAUAAGAAGGUACAUUUUAUUGGUACAACUACUGUAGCUAUAGAAAGUAUCUUCCAUUUUUGAAGUUACAUAAAGACUUAUUUAAGUGAUUUUUAUUUCUUGCCUUCUGCUGGAGAAUGAGAACAAAUAGUUGCUUCUUCCUUGUCCAUUAAUUUCCAGUUAGGUUAAAAAGACCACAGUAGCAUAUGUAAAUGGAGUAUACAGGUUACUUAGUGAGCAUAGAUGUAACACCUCAAAUUCAAUUUAAAGUAGAAUUUGUGUUUCAGGGAGAUUCCAAACUGGAAAUUUUCCUGAAUGGGGGUGCAGGAAACUUUUGAUAGUGUGUUCUAGAUUUAGCAAUAAGAUUCCAAAUUAUGUAUGUACUUGUGUCAAUAUAAAUUUUAUACUGACUUAAAAGGCAUUGAUGUAUUCUUACAGCAAGUACUGUAGAAUGAUCUCAAAGCUUUUAGAGAAACUUUAGAAAAGGUAUUUUAGAAUGAAAUUAAUGCCUUUGAGUCAAAAUUGGUGUGCACAUGGUGCAUACUGGAAGCAUUUAAAAAAUACAAGUACAUUAACAGAGAAUUAGCCUUCUUUUGAGAGCUAUGCUUCAGGAGCAGAUUUUUUAUGAAUAUAAAAUCAACAGCUAUGUAAUUAUUUAGACAAUAAAAACAUUUUUAAAGAGCUAUAUCUUUUAUAAUGAAAUAUGAAAUUAUGUAAGUACUUCAGUUUACAAUUAAUGCAGCAUCUCAUGAUCAAUAUUGAAAAGUGAUUUAUAUUACAGAAUGCAUCUUAUCUAUUGCUAUAUUUGACAAUAUUUAGAAAAUGUAAAGCAAGGAACCUAAUUUAUAGGUUUUCAUUUCUUUCAAGAAACUAUGAAAUUUUGGAAAUAGCUUUUGUUUAAGCAUGACUGUAAAGUCAAAUAUGGGCUAUAUUUAUCAAUGUAAUUUGAAAUCUUUGAGUAAGUUUGCUGACAUUGUUUGCCAAGUUGUCAGGGUUUUUUCUGUUUUAAAUCUUGAUCUACACAUUGAUUUCCAAUUCACAUAAUGCUUGUGGAAACUUUCUAAAGUUUACUCCGUGUGCUCUUUCUUUAUAAAACAUUUAUUCCAAGCAAAGGUAUUAAAUAUUUAGUUGUUUCUAAACUUGAGACCACACUUAAAUAGUCUUAAAGGGUAUUUUGAAAAUGUUUUAGCUAUAAUCGGCAUGUUCUUGGUGAUGUGAAGGAAUCAUGCUGCACUUAGAUUUUUGCAGCAUUUGGGUUUGUUGUUGGUUACCCUGACAAAGCCCUGCAGUAUUUUUUCCUGCACCCUCCCAAACAGCCUCAGAGCAGCAUUACCCUGGUGAAAACCAGUUUUUGUCUUUGGUCCAGACUAACGUGGCCCUUUGAACAGGAUUCUUUGUGUCCAAUGCUGCUGGCUGUUAAUGAGUUGGGGAAAAAAGUGUUUUAAUACAGAAAAACGGGAAUCCAAAAGAUAGAAAAGGUGAUGGCAGGGCCCAGAUGAGAUGAUUUUGGUUUGUUUCUGAGGCGUGCAGAGCUGUCCGUGCCCCGUUGUCACAGCCUGACUCCACAGCUGGGAUCAUGGCUAUUGCUGAGCUCUGCUGGCUCCUGUGGGAUCUGAACUCCUUGGUACUGAGUCUUCAGCCUCCAGCGCCCAGGUGCAACAUGCCAUGGUCUGACCUGGUUCACUGCCAAGUCCUCUGCCCAGCUUUGCUGGCCUGAGAAGGGCCGUGGUGUUUUUGGUUUUGUGUGAGGACAUGACAAAGCCAGCGUGCUCACUGGAGGUGAUGAAUUAAUGCUGUUGGGAGUCUUUGAUCACCCACAUUGGGUGAAGCUUGGUGUGUAUUCUAAAGUCUACCCACUACUAACUCCUGAGUUCUUCAGAACUGGUACCACCUUCUUGAAGGCCAUUGUGGAAAAUUUGACUAGAGACUAUAGAAGAAUGGGGUUGAGUCUGUAGUACUACUGCUGUUUCGUGUGAUUGUGGUAUUUAGGUCUAUUUUUUCCCAAUGUGUACAAUUUUAACAUAGCACAGGAAAUCUAACCUUUCAUGCCAUGACUUUCUCCAGAUGUGCUGCAUUAAAGGUGAAUAAUUUGACCCUUGGCUUUUGCAAAGUAAUGGAAGAUUUCAUGCAGCAUUUGCAUCUUAGAAAAUCCUUGUACGGGUUUUGCUUUUCUAGUCCAUGAAGGAAACCUGUAUUUGCUAUGAUACAAAUAGGCUGAAAAUGUAACAUUUUAUUUCUUCAUAAUGGAUUUUUUUUGCCUUUUUCUUGUGUUUGCUCGUGCAUUAAAUCAGUAGAGCAUUAUUUGCACAAGCAGAAAAUUAACAUACUAACGAGAGUCCUGCGUUUUAUGGUUUUUUGUCAUGCAGUAAAUACUUGCAGCAAAAAUGGGAAUAUUUUAAGUUACUAUGAACUUUUUUCAAAGGUCUUCGGUACAUUUAAGGAAAGCAAUAUACAUUUGAAGUCACCUUAUUUUGUAUUAAAUUAUAAAUUGUGCAGAGAAGUGGGUAUUGUGGCACAGUAAUUUUGUACUGAUAUGAAAUAUAUAGCUAUUAUAGCUAUGGUUUGCUUUUUAACUCAUUCUUUUCAUCCUAAUGCAAAUUUGAGUGUUUUUAUUAGGUUGUAUUUUUCUAUGUAUAUAUACAAUUUCAAAAUACUAUGAUUGGGUAAACCGAAAAAUGUAAUUAUUGAUUUGAUUCUGAUAUUUAGAAUUUUGGAAUAAAAUACCUCUUAAUCAACAGAAA